GUCCGUUCUCUUUUAUAGGUCAGCCUUCUGAGCCGUCCCCGCGAUGGAGCGUGAGCUGUACAGGUACCCCUCAUGCAGUCUGUGCGUAUGUGUGACAUUGUCCGUCUGGGUGUGUGCGCUGAUGGCGUCAAGUGGUGCUGACUGCUGUGAUUGGUGCUGCAGGUGGCUGCAGUCCCUUGACCUUUCCUACUCGGUCAAAAACGUCAGGAGGGACUUCUCAAAUGGUGCAGUGCACACCCAUUCCAUUCAGCCCCACGUGGGCACAGGGAAUGAGCAUUGAGAGGCCUGCCUGUCUGCUGUGUGUAUUCCUUUUCCUUCGUGUGCCAGGUUUCCUUGUUGCUGAGAUUUUCUCCCGCUAUUACCCGCAGGAUGUGACGCUGCACUCGUACGACAACGCCUCCAAGCUGGCGGCCAAGAACAACAACUGGGAGCAGCUCUACAAGUUCUUCAGGCGGAAGAACAUCCCACUCAACAAGAGCGACUUCGAGCCCGUCAUCUACUCGGCACCUGGUCAGUCAGUCAGCAGCCACACCCACCAUUCAUUGGCAACACAGAAGUCACAACAGUAUGGUCCUUUUCUCUGCGCAUGGUCGUAUCGCAGGUGCGGCCAUCAUGCUGCUGAACAAGAUAUACAACUUCCUCACCAAAAGGGCAGCCGACCGGUUCCAGGCGGAAGACAUCAUCGGCAAGACCCUCCAGGACCCCUUGCUGCUGGCCACUGCCAACCUGAGGGGCGCCCCGGUGACGGACGAACAGCCCCUCUACGCCAAACCCACCGCCUCGACACUGCUCAGAGACGCCGAGAUCAACCGAAUCGAAGACAAAGAGAAAAUGACGGCCAGGGCCGAACAAGUUCUGCAGGCGCACAACGAGGUUUGCAAGAGAGAUCUGUCGGAAGCGGUACUAGACUCCUUUGUGUCUCUUGCACGCUCAGAAUUUGUCCUACGAGAGGAGCAACGAGCGCAUGUUGCAGAGUAUGAGGCCGCGGAUUCAGCAGCUGGCUGUGGCGGCAGCGCGAGCCCCCUCGUCCAAGGCCAUCAGCCCAGAACCCGACAUCACCAAUGUCGAAAUCAAGGAGGUACACCUGGAGGCAAGACAGCGUUUCGUCUCUAUUGAUUGGAUUCAUGGAUGCUGUUUGGCCUGCCUGCAGGUGGAGGUAGCGUCUAUUGCGCAGGGCGGCACCAUAGCACAGCUGAGGGCGCAGAAAGACCUGCAGCAACAGACUAUCAAGUGGGAGGGAAUGGAGAAGCGGAGAUUUAUGGGAGAGCACCUGCAUGUGUAUGCAUGUCGUGUCGUCAGAUCCCGUUCAUCUCAGAGGGGAAGAGAGUCGGCACUGGGCAACAUCGAGGUGACACAAUGACACAAUAACGCCAGAUACAGAGAGAUACAUGUGUCUCGGUGUCUGUGUGUGUCCCUUCCUGUGCCUGUGCAGUCCAUGGCGCAGGCCGCCCCCGUCCCACAGGCCAUCAGUAAGGGGCAAGAUAGUUUGAUCGAAUCAUUUGCUGGCAAGGGUGGGGUGAGAGUUGGGUGUUGGCUGUCCUUCAGCUGUGAAGCCCGUGCAGUCGAUUCUGAGUGCACUCAUGAGGCCGGCCCUCAGAGAACACCCUGGUGUGUGCGUCAUACACAUAGAGCUGCAUCAAGAUAGACCAGUGUGUGCUGUGCUGUCUGGUCUGUCAGAUGUCCAGAAGGCCCUCGAUCCCCGGAGGGACGCCUUCUCCUCUUUCAUGGAGAUAUGUGCCAGCGCAUUCCCUGAGAGUCAGUCAGAACGGGCCGAUAAACAGACCACACAUACACAUACACACACACACACACACACAUCACCUUUUGUUUCCUUGUCUGUCUGCAGAUGUGUGUGUGGGUGUCUUCGACACCGUUGCGAGCAGGGCGUCGCUGCUCACCGAUUCCCUCAUCAAGAGCCCCACUGUGAGAAUGAUUGCAAUCACAGUUGACGAACUCAUGGGUUCUCGACCUUUCUGCAUGUAUGUAUGCCUCCAUUUUCAGGAGUUCUGGAAAGCUUGGACCCUCAUCUACCCUGGUAAGCAAGACUAAAACACACAAUUGAAGAAACAGGGAGUAGAUAAUCCAUUCGACAGAGUCUCUUCGCCCGUGCAUUUCCACACACACAUCACAUGUAUGUGCGCAGCCUUGUGGGAGUUCAGCGGGUCCUCGCCUGUGUUCGAGUCGAUCGUCUAUCUGCUCAAGCGCAUUGCAGAGUGUAUCAGAAACGCCGACCCGCUCCUCACACAGCAGGUGCCCAUCCACGCCUCCACGCUCACAGAAUCAAAUUCCCAGGACCCCUCGUUUCUUCCAUGUCAUGCAGUAUUUGAUGGACGUGAUCCUCCCGCAAGUGGCGCCGAUCCUGGCCGCAUCCCCAGGGAGGCGGGAGGCCUUGUGUGAGGUGCUGUACGCCUAUGCACAGGAGACACCCGCCGCACACCUCGCUCUCCUCAGGGGACUCAAAGUCAGUCGCAUCACGAUAGAUACGCAAGUAGCGACCGACCGGGAUGGCUUCUCUUGUGUUGUGUGUUUGGUUGUGGACACAGGACAAGCUUGCGAGCGUGGCGUCGUAUAUUCUCUGUCUCUCAUUUUUCGUCCCUCUCGACGAGACACACAUGGUCAGAGCGAACAGAAUGUCCACGCGAAGCGAUCAAGGGCAGAGAGAGAGAUAUACGGGUUUGGCGCGUACGUGUGGCCAACGUCCGUAUCCGUGUGGUGUGUGUGCACAGGACGACCAUCUGCUCGAUUUGGCCCUUUACUAUGCCUUGAUCGGUCUGAGCCAGCCGCAGCCGUCUCUGCGCGUGGCGGGCCUGUCCAUCCUCAACGGCCUGGCCAACAUGAUGGGCGACCAAUAUGCCGCUAUCCUUAACCUGCUGCGUACAAAUGCACCGCCCCACAGACACGUACACUCUCGACGCACAUGUGUGUGUGUAUGUGUUUGCCACACACACCUACAGCGACCUUGAUGGAUCUGGGGAGCGAUGAGUGGUGGGAGGUGGAGGCCCAGCUGAUGGUCCUCACGUCCACCCUGCUGCUGAAGCUGUCCACCAACCACCCAGAGGUCACCCAACACCUCGCACACAAGUCCAUCGCGCCACCCCCGAUGCCGACACGCAGCGAGCAGCGGCGGGCGUCCACCACACCACCGCUGGCCCUUGCGGCGCCACUGGAUGUGGUGCUGGGAGAGGGGGAGGGGGAGGACGAGAUUGAGGCCAAGGAGAACGCCAUGAUGAUUGAGUAUGCCGAGCAGCUGCUCAUGCUCGUCGCGAGGACCUUCCAGCUCUCCAAAUCAAAGUGCGGACGUAUGUACGUGUGGAGUGAGUGGCUGGACCACCUGCUGGUGCUGUGCUGUUUCUCUCCUGUUUGGUUCAGGAAUGUGUUGCAGAUAGGAUUGUGUUGCCUUUGUCGGAACCUUGACGCCUUCCCCUCACUGGCCGACAUCUACAUCACAGUACGUACAGUCAGUGAGUCGACUCCCAUCCACGUUUGCUCACACACGUCUCGCUUGCCACAGGUGUUGCUGGCCCAUCCCGCCCCGAUGCGUCAGCGGCUGCUGAUGCCGCGGGGCGAGGGCGCGGAGACACAGGCGCCAAGGCUCGCAUACGUGAGUCAGCAGGAAGAUCGCGGUCGCUCUCCUGCUUCCAUCACAUCACAUGACAUUGUCGUUUGUUUGUCUGUGUGUGUCGUGCAGGUGAUGGGUGCGGCGUCUCGGCUGUAUGAGGAGCCAUACCUCCCCGCACUCUGGUCUGUCGGCCUCACCUAACACGCAGGCGCCGCCCACACAGAUUGAAUCUUGAUUGAACGAAUGAAUGAUCGGACUUGCAGGCCGUCGCUGAAGGUGGCCAAGGCGUUCUGCUCACAGGCAAGUCAGACCACCACGCCACGCCUCACGCAAAGCCACCUGUUUGUCGUCCAUGUGCACAGCUGGAGGCCCGAUCGCUGACGCAUUUCGAGUUGGAGCACCUGGAGGUCCUCAUCGCUACGCUUCCAGAAGACGGUAAACAGGGCGAGACACGCAGAGAACCUGUGUCUCUGUCUGUCUGAUUUUAUCCGUCGAUCCAUUGAUCAGACUUCGCUGCGUCAAGUGAGGUGAUAUCCGACUGGCUUGACCUCUUCGACCGUCUCAAGGCAUACAUAUUCGUCGCUCUCAUCGAGGAGGACUUCCACGACCACGCCGCACAGAUCGUGAGUAUCCGUCCAUCCAUCUGUCCAUCGACACGAUGUGACACAGAGAUACAUAUGUCUGUCUCGUGUAUGUGUGUGGGACGCCCGGCAGAUAGCCAAGUUCUGGUUGAGUGGUGUGGAGGAGCUGCGGACGCCGGUGCUCGACGCGAGUCGGAAGACGCUGCUGCAGACGCUGAGGAUACUCUACAGCGAAGGCAUCGAGCGAUCAAAGGCACUGAUGGAUGGAUGGCUGGACGGGAGGGAGAGGGAGGGAGACACGCGUGGACGGUCGACGAUGCAUCCCUGUGUGUGUGUAUCAGGUUGCCGAGAGUGUGCUUGUUGAGUUCCUGCAGGACAUCCACAGCGAAGGUAGGACGGCAAAAGAACAGGAGCGGCUCAUGUCAUGUGUGGGCAUUUUCUCUUUCUGUUUGGUCCUGUCAGGUCCGCCCGUGUCUGAGCUGAUCGACGACGUGCUGCAGAUGUACAAAAAGGUAAUAAGAGGCAAGAAAGCGCUAGUAUAUGUGUGUGUGUGUGUGUGACCUGGUCUCUUCUUUCGUGUGCCCAGUCUGACCCCGAUGGCUUCGCCUCAACCAACCUGGUGCACUUCAUAUGAACAGCUGGGUACAUCUGUGUGUGUGUGUGUGUGUGUGUGCUCGUGGAUGGACGAAUGGGAUGUUGUGUGCCUGCGCGUAUCCAUGUUUGAAUGCCUCCUCCUCCGGAGACUCAUGCCCCG